AUGGACGAACUCGACGCAUUCAGGCAAGGGAUCGUCGAACUCGAGGAGGUCGUUCAAGAGGCUCGUGCCGAGCUCCACCGUUUGCUCGAAAAGUCCGACGUCAACAAAGAAUUCCUAUCAAAGCUUACCGAUAUGGGAAAGCUGACCAGCCACUUCCGGAGAACUCAAGGGACUGUUAGGGACAUGGAACUAGCUGAACGAGCGCUGUACCAGGACCUCAUGGUUCUCGUGGCCAACAACAGACUCAAGGUUGACCAACAGUCGGCAACCAUACAAGAACGACUUCCAACAAUGGAGGCGGAGCUACAAGAGUUAAAGGACCAAUACAGAAGAGAACAAGGGGAACAGAAUUUUCUCGCUAGACUUAUCCCGGAGCAACAAGUCAAUGCAGAAGAGGAUAGCUCGGGGGAUGAUCCGUCAUCAGAAAAUGGGGAAUCCCAAGAGGCUGAAAGCUCUGAUGAGGAUCUAUCACGAGAAGAUGGGGAAUCCCAAGAGGCUGACAGCUCCGAUAAUGAUCUAUCACGAAAAGAUGGGGAAGCCCAGGAGGUUAGCAACCCCGAUGAUGCUGGGGAUAUUUUGUAG